GGGCAGAAAAUAACAAAACACAGAGCACUACACUUCUCUCGACACUGUAUAUUUCAUCUCUUCCCUUCUCAAGUUCCAAACAGAACCGUAAGUUACGUGCAGAUAGAAAAACGGUGAGUGAAUUUAGAAGCUCCCACAAGGAUAUAUAGUUAGUUAACUACCGUCGUCCGUCUCCAAAUUACUCAGAACUCACUCGCCGUUGAUAGCAGAAGUUAAUCCCUUGUGUAGGAGGAGGUGUGGAAAUGGCGACGGUACCAGGGCCCUUGAUAUGGGAGAUCGUGAAGAAGAACAACUCGUUCCUCGUGAAGGAGUUCGGCAACGGAAGUGCCAGUGUGCAGUUCAGCAAAGAGAGCAACAAUCUCUACAACCUCAAUUCCUACAAGCACUCAGGGCUGGCGAAUGAGAAAACUGUGACCAUUCAACCAGGGGGCAAAGAUCAAUCUGUGUUGCUUGCAACAACAAAGACCAGGAAGCAGGGAAAACCUGCCAGUCUACUUCACAAGACUGUGAUGAAGAAGGAGUUCCGCCGCAUGGCGAAGGCAGUUUCAAAUCAGGUGGCAGAUAACUAUUACAGGCCAGAUCUGAAGAAUGCAGCCCUUGCGAGGCUGAGUGCUGUGCAGCGGAGCCUUAAGGUUGCCAAAUCUGGUGUGAAGAAGAGGAAUAGGCAGGCUUGUUAGAUCCAUAUUAGGAAAUUCAGGAUGAGAAUUGUUCUUUUUUCCAUAAUUUCUAGCUCCAGAAGUAUGUUGUUUCCCCACGGUUUGAGAACAAAAGAGACACAUUAUUGUGUGGCUUUUGCCUAUUUAUCAGUUUUGACUCCCGCAUGGAUUAUCAGUAGAAUACCAUAUGACAAGGACUCUUUUACA